AUGGAAAAAUGGAACCUUUUAGGUGUUUUAAAUGUAUUGCCACAAUCACUAUUGUCAGAUUUAGAAAUGCCCAAAGUAACACAUAGGAAUAAAAUACCCAAGUAUAUCAUUGAUAAUAUAAGUCGUCUAGAUUUUGCUAAUAAAUACGUAAUUAAAGAUGAUAGUAUUGGUACUUAUUUUAUUUUAGAAAACUACGGCAAGGAUAACUACCUUACUUAUUAUUUUCCAAAAUCAUAUAUAUCAUCAUUAACAUAUUCUAAGCUAGAGGAGAAUGUACCAAGUGACAAUAAAAAUAGUUAUGCAAAUUACUACAACAUUGAUGUUAAAGAAUUAUUUAAAUAUUGGAAACAAGAACCCGAUUAUUCUUCUUCACUUCAUAGUGAUGAUGAUACUUUAAAUAUGGUGCCUCCUGAUAAACGUACUAAUGAUUCAAAAGUGGUAAAGAAUAAGUUAGAUGAUCUCUCUGAGACGAUAGACACUAAUCCAAAGGAUUAUUUAGAAAGAAAAUAUUAUGAAUCCCUUUAUUCUUUAAAGAAUCCAUUGGCAUAUUUUGUUAAAUCUAAUCUAGUACGAUUUAGAAAUAUAUGCAAAGAAAAAUAUGGAGAUAAUUUCAUUUUAAAUUUCCAAACAAUAAUACUCAAUCUAAUACUCCGCAUUGAUAUUUUUGAUAAAAGGUAUAACAAUAAUUCUACUUUACUCGAGGAUUCUAACUUAAAUAGCAGGUAUGAAAAAUUUGCUAGAGAUAAAUUACUUGAAGAAUAUUCACUUUUACCAACUCACUCUAUGAAAAAAAGAAUAAAUGAGGUAGCCACAAUUUUAAAAGCAAGAGAGAUCAAACUACAGAUAAUUUUAUUACUAGAAAUGAUCCAUCAAAAUAGUUUGGAUGGGAAUUUUAAAGAAUUUGAGAAGAAUUAUAAACCCAAGUUAAUGAAACGUUCACUCAAUUUGACAAAAAAAUCAUAUAUAAGAAAAAAUAGAUAUACAUUAAAAGACAAAGAUUCAAAUAUUAAUGAAUCACAAAAAACUGAACAACUUACAAUAUCAAUUGAUUUUUGUGAACAAAUCGACGUUUAUUUAGAUAAAUUGGCAAUAUUGGAGAUUUUGCUAGAAACACAUUUAGAAACAACUAUAAAGACAGAUGAAGAAGAAAGUAUAGGAAACAAACUCUAUCAAUAUCAAAAAAAUAUGUUAAAUAAAGGACAAGAAAGUUCUUCUCUAGGAUUUGUUAUUUAUGUCGUAAUUCCAUAUUUCAAUAAAGUCAUUCCUUAUACCACCAAAUUUAUUAUAAAAAAGUUGAAAGGUCCAAGUUUAAGAGCUAAAAAACCAUCAGGAAAAAGAAAUACACAAUCAGAAUUAGAUAUGAUUAAUGAACCUAUCUUUAGAGAAAUGGGAUCUCAAUCAUCACCAUCUGAAAGGGUUUUCUCAGCAACUUCCUUGGUGCAUAAAAAUAACAUGAAUAAUAAAAGUGCAUCUAAACCCAGACUAUCUCGUCAUUCUUCACUAGUUUCAAGUAGUUUGCUACAAAUGUCAAAAACAAAUUCUAAUUUAAGCGACUUCUUGGAGGCUGAAUCUAAUAUCUCUAAACAAACAUCAUUCUUAAUAAGGACCCAAUCUGAUUUAGUAAUGAAUAACUUACAAAAGAGGCAACUUCCAAUGUCAAACUUUGAAUCUACUACUAAAAGGCAAAAACCUACGAUCAAUAUAAAACAGGAGAUUGAUAGCAGUUCUACAUUAUUGUCAACAUUAAAACAAGACUCACAGAAUAUUCAAACGUCUUUCCAGAGAGUAGGAAAACGUAAACCACAAGCAUUUAAUAAUUUUGAACGUCAAGUAUCAUUCUAUGAAAGCUCUUUAUGUAAUGUUAUUGAAGAUAAUUCAAAAGAAAAAAAUAAAAAGAACACUGUAGAAGUUAUGGCAACGCCAUUAAAGACUUCAUUAUCUUAUAGAAAGUCCCAUACCACUAUGUUAGGGAUAAUUGAAUCACCAGCAAUGAAUGAACUUGCCGAACACAAACCAGAUAUGACACAUACCGCAUCUAGGGUUAAAGAUAAUAAUAAUUCUAUAAAGAAAGAUAAUACUGCCGAGUUUGGUGCAACUCCACAUUAUCAAUUUAAUAGCAGUUACAAAAAAAGUCCAUUAUCCCUUGUUAUUGAGUCCCCUAGCGUGUUUGAAACACCAGUUCAAACAAAAGAGAGUGAUAGUAAAAAGAACAGCAGUAGGAAUGUUAGAAGAAGACUAUUUGCCCCUUGA